GUGUUGUGGGUGUUUGCUUACAGGCUCAAUGCAAAUCAAACGUGCAAGUCUCUUAUCUCUAGAGUAUAGAAGUGCACAGAAGAGAGACACAGGUGGAAACAUUUUAUCAGAUUAAAAACGACAAUUUGUGUCAAUCAAAUUCUUGAAAGAUGGCUGAACUGCUGAAGAACUGCUUUCUAGAAAACAAGGAUCUUAUUUUGAAAAUCUUGGAGCAGGGUACUGAAGUGAUAGCCUGUAUCAGUAGAGAUCUUUCUCCACUUUUCGCCAUUGUAGCUCCGUUUGUGAAGCUGGGGGUCGAAAGCGUGGAAAGCAAAGAAGCCCAAUUCAUGAAGGAACAGUUUUUGAAGUUAGGAGAUCGCCUUAAAACCAUUUUUGAAGAGAACAGGCAGAUCAACGAUGAGAUCAAGAAGAGCCAAAUAGAUACUUUCUACUCAUCCAGGGAGAACAACCUGACCAACCACUUCCGCAAAUUAAUGGACAUGAUCGAGGUCAAAGAUGAGAGAUUCAGACAGGUCAGGAAGGAAAUGUUCAUGAGCAGCUUCGACAGGAUGAAUGGUGAAAAAGACUUGAACUCUCUGUAUGAUGCUGUCAUUGGAAAUAACAUGUUUGGAGAGUCUAUACUGGACAUGGCUCUAAAUUACGAGCAGAAGAGCCGCAGGCGGGUGGAGGAAUACUGCGCAAUGCUAAAGCAACUGUUUUGCAUCGGUUUAAUCGCCUUACUGGCAUAUACAGCCAUGGAAGGCGGCGGUAAAGAGGAGAAGUUACUUCAAGAGUGGAACAAGAAAAUGAAAGUGAUCCAGUCUAAAAUAGACGAGGUCAUCAAAGAAUGCACCAACAGCUUUCCCACACAGGCUGAGCAGGAUGCUGAACAUAUUGUGAGAGAGCACGCCGACAAAAACAACCAGCAAUUGGCUGACAUGUUAAUGGACCAUUUAAAAAAGAAAUACGACUGGGUGUGCUGGUCAGUCCGUGUCUUUAACUCUCCCAAAGGUCUGUUUGCAAAAAAGAAAGACUUUCAGGGAGCGAAGGGAAAGAGUCAGUUUCAGGUAUCGGUGUCGAAUAAAAAGUUAAAUGUUGUGAUUUCCUACAGCGCCUCACCUAAUCCGGUCGAUAAAGCCUUAAUGCUUCAACUUAUCCUGGCACAGAUAAAAUAUACUAACAAGAGGUCCUCAAUGAUGGCGAUGGCUAAAAAGCUUUUUGUGACAACCCCUUACGGUGUGGUGCACACGGUCAAGACUUCAUGUAAAGAUUUGGUCUUCUCCCACAGCUUUUCUGUUGAGCAGCACUUCUCUGUAAAGCUUCAGAACGUCUACGUCUUUCUUCAUACUGAAAAUGAAGGAAAAUAGAAAUGCCGUAGUCAACACCACAAAAAUGUUUUUACAGGAUGAACGUUAUGAACAUGAAAUGUGCACUCCUUAUAGCAUUGCCAUUGAUUUGUUGAUAUACUGUUUUUACAAAAACAAACGUUUGGCUUCUUAAUCUCUCUUCAACAUUUUAAGUUCCCUCUCUCCUCAUCACCUCUGCAACACCCCUUUUCAAAAAUCUGAUCCAAGUCCAUAAGUUUUUUAUCAGAUGAAACAGAUUUACAAACAAAUCUUUUCACAUUUUCAGUCAAUUACUUAGCAAAAUCCAUGGUCGACAUUUCACAUGGUUCAGUCCCAUAAUAUGUUCCCUGUGUUGUUCUGUUGAAAAUGAACAUAACUUUAAAGGGUUUAACUUAAAUUCUUAUGUAAACACUUUUAUUUUCACAGGCGACCUGUCCCUAUAAGAAUCUGUCAGAGGUUUUAUUUACAAAUUCGGGCCUUCCUCUCAAUUUUUAUUUUAUGUACGUAUUAUACCUUUAUUUCUUAAUGCAUGAAAAAAUGCUUUGCAGUAGUGGAUGAUGGAAAAUUACUAAGUACAUGUUUACUUCCUUGAAUACAACGGAUGUAAAACUCUGUGUGAAUGUGAUGCCCUUAAUUUAACCUUUUCUUUUUGACUAGAACUAGUUAGAACUGGUUGUUUAGUAUGAAACUUCUGCUUUAUGUGUGGCAUCCGCCCUAACUUCCUCUUGUCUUCUCACUGCACAACUUUCUGUAUGUCAGUUGACAUUCUUGCAAGAAUAAAAGAUCAAAUUA